AGUAACCUAGGAUAGGGUGGGUCAUUAAGAGAGAAAGAAACAGUUGAAAGACGGCUGUGAUCUCUGAAGGCACCACGACCUUUAGCUUUAUUGGUGAGGCAGUGAGGCAAAAACACUACUGCAGAAUUGGUAGUGUUUCUUCUACUGUAAUUCUGUCUGUCUCUCUGCUCUGAUCUGAUCUCGCCUGACAGCUGCCUGCCUGUGUCCUGAACCCUGGUUGUCAGGGAUACCUCUCCAUAGAGACACACUCCCAAAGGUAGGGGAGGGCUUUAAGGGAAAGGAGACCCUCGCCUUGAUGGAGCAACAAGUCAAGAGAAAGGAAGAAGAAGGAAAGACUGUAGUAGUAGUGCAGAGAUAAGAGGGAAGGUCACCUGUAUGGGACCAAGAGGAGUGGAAAUUAACAGAAGGAAAGAAGAAAAAAGAGUUGGAUGACGUGAGAGAUCUUUUUGUCAGGAUGGGCUAUGAUCUGGAGAGGUUUGUGGGCUAUGUGAAUGAGGGUCUUCUGUGCUGUGUGUGUCGAGACGUGUUAGAGCGCCCCCUCCAGGCGCCCUGCGAACAUGCUUACUGCAGCGCUUGCAUCAGCAGCUGGCUGGUCCAUCAUCACUCCUGUCCCGAGGACAGACUCCCACUGGACUUGGGCAGUCUCAAACCACUGUACAGGUACAUGCGUAAUGACCUGAACCGCCUGCAGGUACGUUGUGUGAAUGCAGGGCAGGGUUGUGAGGUGGUCUGCUCCCUGGAGAGCCUGCACACACAUGAGGAUGAGUGUGAGUUUGCCUUCAUUUCCUGCUCUAACACAGGUUGUCCAAUGCAGGUAGAGAGGCGGGGUUUGGAGGCUCAUCUGUCGGAAUGUAACUUCCGCAACAGGAAGUGUCCCAACGGCUGUGGCCACACCCUUCUCUCCAUCGACCAAUCACAGCAUAACUGUGUAGCAGAGCUGCGCACAGAAGUGGAGAUGCUCAGGGCAGAAAUGCUGUGUAAGGUGGAGGAGGUGAAACGAGAGAUGGAGUCUCGGUUGGAUUCGCAGAGGAGACACAUGGUGCAGAAAGAGUCGCAGCUGAAGAACGACAUGGAGGAGCUCAAGGAUCAGUUGUCCAGUGUGGUGUGUGACAUGCGAGCCCUGUUAGGAGCAGAGCGUCUGAGAAGACAGGAGCUGGCAGAAGCAGAGCUGGAGAAGAGGGAAAUGUUGGAGUUCCUCAGAGAUCUGCAGUCAACCAGGAGUCAGCAUCCUGUGGAACAGGCAUCCAGUGACAGGCAUCAGGGAGCCCAGCAGCAGACAUCUGGAUGGGAGCCGACAAGACACCAGCAGAGGGAGGAAUCUUUACACGCCUCCAGACUGUCACUACAUUCAGCUAAGGCCAUAAAUAUAUCAGGACCACCUCUAUCACCUCAGCUGGGGGAGGGGAUGCGCAAGGGUGGUACCAGGAGCCUGACUAUAGACUGCAUCAAGAGGAAGAGCCGGGAGGUGACUGUCAUCUGAGUAGACUGGACUGGUGGCAGAUUAGCCAAACCAAAAAUGAUAAAAACCUUUAUUUUUGUAAUAUUUGUCUAACAGUUUAGUAACAACAAUAUAAUGUGUGUACAGUAAGCUCUGGAAUGAUGCGCUGUUAUAGUCUGCUGUGGAAUGAACCAUAAGUUGUGUUUGAAAGGUAUUUUUGUGUAAUUAUACAAACUAACUUGAUCUUUUGACUGUAGGUGAGAAAGUGAAUAGACAUUAAUUUAUUUUGUGGACUCACCAGGGAUCCUUUCUGCAAACGGAUCAUUGCGUAACAUCUGUUAUUUUAUAUCUCAGGUUUUAAUUAUACAGUUACUUCAAGU